UCCACUGCUUUAGUUCACACAAGCAGGAGGAGAUUUGUUUGAAGAUAUCCUGAAACCUGAACCCGUGCUGGUUUAUUGCUGGCUGGCACUUCAAAGCUUUCAUCCUGAGUCGCAAGUAGCAGCUACUGGGAGUAGCUUCUGUGCACUAUGAAGAAUUUUUCAUUUCCUAUGCAGGAUAGCACACAUCAGACUGAAAGUCCUUCUCACAGAUUUCUGAGUUUGACAAAUAAGUCAGAUCCCGUUGGAAGACCGGAAAGAGAUGAGCAAUUAGCUCAAGUAGAGAUUGCUGUACUGGGGGUGAUAUUUCUGACAGCGUCUGUGGGCAAUUUUAUUCUCAUUCUGGUGCUGUGGAGAAGAAGAAAGAAGCUCUCUAGAAUGUAUGUAUUCAUGCUGCACCUCAGCAUAGCUGACUUAGUGGUAGCUUUUUUUCAAGUGCUGCCUCAACUCAUAUGGGAUAUUACAGAUGUUUUCAUAGGGCCAGAUUUCUUGUGCAGAAUUAUCAAGUAUCUGCAAUUGCUAGGCAUGUUUGCCUCUACUUAUAUGAUAGUGGUCAUGACAGUGGACAGAUAUCAAGCAGUUUGCUACCCUAUGGUCACUUUCCAAAAGAGGAGAGCUCUGUGGAAUAUUCCCAUUUGCACCAGCUGGUCUAUAUCCUUGAUUCUUAGCCUACCACAGGUAUUUAUCUUUUCUAAGACUGAAAUAUCUCCAGGUAUCUUUGAAUGUUGGGCUGAAUUUAUUCAACCGUGGGGUCUAAAGGCGUAUGUGACUUGGAUUUUUGUAGUCAUAUUCUUCAUUCCCUCAACCAUCCUUAUCACAUGCCAAGUUAAAAUUUGCAAAAUAAUCAAAAGAAAUAUACAUGUGAAAAAACAGAAUGAAUAUGAAGUAACGAAUCAGAAGCAAGUCCUGCCAUCCCGAGCCAGCAGUGUGAACUGUAUUUCAAAGGCUAUGAUCAAGACUGUAAAAAUGACAGUGGUGACAGUUGUUGCAUAUGUUCUCUGUUGGUCACCAUUCUUCAUUGCACAGCUGUGGUCUGUGUGGUUCCCCAGUGGCAUUACUGAAGGAUCAGCAUUCACCAUUAUCAUGCUUCUCGGCAAUUUAAAUAGUUGCACCAACCCGUGGAUUUACAUGUAUUUUUGUGGCCACAUUCCAUAUUGCACAAAUAAGCAGCUGGAGAACACAUCAGCUCAAGAGGAGUCGGUGGUCACAGGAAGCAUUCAUCUUGUAGACAGAGACCCUGAGGAAAACAGUACUUGUGCAUAAAUAUUGAAUGUUAUUUGUUAUUCUGCUACAUUUGCUAUGUUCAUGAGACUUAUCAAUAUUUUGUACUGAAGCUGGAAAAUUGUCUUUUGUUGCUAUAAAUAUGUUUUUCUGUGGUUCUGUAGCAUAUGCAGAAGUUUCUGUGUGUUAUCAAAAUGAAUUGCUGUAUAGAUUGAUAAAGAUACAGAAGGACAACCUGGAUAUUUUGUGUCUUACACUACUACUGUGAUUCUGGAUCUCUAAGCACCUUUUUUUUACAACCUGCCCAACAAAUUGAGAGAAAGUUGCAAAAGAAUCUGACAUAAUUAGAUUUAAAUAUGUGCUUAAACUGAACUUUAAAUUGGUUGUGACUCUAAAGCGAGUGGGGCAUGGUUUGGCAAAUCUUGAGAAGGCAGCAGAAAGUCAGAAAAAUCAAUUGCCAUCUGUAAGUAGUACCUGUUAUAUACAUUUAUAAAACGCCGAGCAGCUUUAUGUCCUCUUAUGGAAAAUAACUCAGUGUCCUUGUGAGUGUGAACAGCUAUUUUGGUUUCAAAUGCUGUACAGUGACAUUCCAGGUUCGUGGCUUCCUAUUACAUAGCCAUCAAUACAGGACGUGAUUUUCCCUGCCUUCUGUGUUGACUGAAACUCUCCACACUUAUGCACACAUAUAUAUGCCUUAAAUAGAAAUGACUGCCAUGGGUGUACACUUCUAUUUGGUAUUCUGUGUAUUUUUGUGCAGGUUGUAUUCAGACUCAUUUGUUCUGGUAUGUGAUUUACUGACAGUGGGCUAGGACCUAUUCAGGUUCAAAUUCAAUCAUUUCACCUUUUUGGUAAAAAUAAAUCUGCAUCUCUUUCUUUCAGAACUCCAUUUGCUUUCUAGUGUGUCAAUUUUUUAUUCAGGAAGCUAUUUCCCUUUCAGUGUCUAAAUUUUAAUUAGAGCAGUAUGGAAAGAAUAUUAGAAAAGCUCUUUCAGGUGAAAAAAGAGCUGCAUUUGCAGAGAUUCUUGGCAAUGCUUGCACAUCAUUUGCCUAUGUUAUAUCAAUGUUUUGUCAUUGCUAUUCAUAAUUCAUUUUAUAAAUGCUAGCUAUCUCAAAUUUCAGUGGAAAAGAUACGAGUGUUUUUCAAAUAGCCUUUAGGUUGUACUGAAAGUAAUUCUGAGUAAAUACUGAUUGAAUAGUUACACUACAAGUUUGUGUGUGCUGAUACUGAAUAUUCUAUCAUUUCCAUUCCCCAUGUAGUUGGAGCAUACAAGGGUACUAACCAAAUACUGCAGUUCCUCUUGAUGGAAGAAUCCAGUGCUCCAGUCCAACUGGCCAGGGUAAGGCUCCAGCAAGAAGGAAGAGAAAAAAGUUGGGUGAAGAUAUGCCAGAGCUAGACAGGAGUGGGAUGGCUGUAAAAUGGUUCUUCCAACUGCCAAUGUUUUGUUUUGGUUUUUAUGUUUUUUUCCCCCAUCCCUCUCUUUGAUUAACGGUUACUAAUUCUCCCCAAAAACAUAUUCCAAGUUAGAGCAAUUAUUAACUUAAACAGUGUCCUUAUUUGGAGUAUGAAGAUCCAAGAUAUAAUCUGUACUGCCAAUAAGAUAUUUGUUGUAUUAAACCGCUCAUGUUCCAGAACUUUCUUUCAAACAAGCUCUCAGUUAGGUUCUCCCUUCUGACUUCAUCCAGGGAUUAAAAUUUUUUCUUUUGUCCUUCUGGUUCCUUUGAUUACAGUGAAUUACGUGGUAAAAUAUGCAGUGUUAAAGGUCAGUGUAAGAAGAAAGGCUUCAGCGAAUUACCUAUGACCUGGUACUACUGGGUUUGCAGAAAAACACAUUGAAGGACUUAGAAAGUAUAUAUAUUCGUCCAUGGCUAUCACUCAACCCUGACAGACACUCUCAGUGAGGAGUUCAAUCUUGGCUGACAAUUUUCUGUCAAAAAAUUUCAAAUGAUGUAAAAAAAAAUACUAAUAACUUUUUAUUUUUCUAGCUCAGUGUUUUUAACAGGACAUUUCUUAAAGAAACAGACAUUGAAAAAUAUAACAGAUGUCUUCCCUCUGCAAAUUUGGACUUUGGUUUUCUUGAUUGUUAUAGUCUGAGUAUCUUGUGCCCUCAUUAUCCCCUGUAUUCUGAUUCUUUAGUUGGACUGUAUCUUUCCUAAUUCACUGUCACUUUGAUUUCCAAUAGGCGUUAAAGUGUUUCAUUAAGAGUGAUGAUUCUGAGACAUCCCUGUUGUCUGGGCAGGGUGUUUAAUCCAUACAGGAGAAUCAGCAACUUGAACCUGCCCUGGAGGUAUUGUGGAAGCACACACAAAUGAAAAAAUCCAGUGAUCAGAUGAAAGCCUUCCCUGUCAAUGCUUAGACCCUGAUUUCUCACAGUAAUUAAUUUCUGAGAAGGAAAAUGCAGUUUGCAAGUUCAUGCAUGAACUGAACAGCUAUGUUGUUGAUAUUGGCAGUGCAGCAUCAUUUCUGGAUA